AUGGCUUCCACCCUUGAUGCCUCGAUUUCCUCGUCCAUCAACAUCUCCUCCCCCUCCCAUGGAGGACUGGGCGAGGAAAUCCAUGCCUCCGAGUCCUCUACCUCUCUAAAUUCCGUCAAACAAUCCAACAAGGAUGCCAAUGUCAAUGCUUAUCCCAUCAAAGACAAAGACAAAAAGGGAGAAAUCUCUUCUCGCUCUUCCGACGAUAUCGAAAAGGGUGACAUCGUCGAAGGUGAAUAUGUCGACCUUGAAAACGAUUCCCCCUAUCCAGAAGUUCGUGCCUCCGUUCCCUCUACCGAUGAUCCUUCAAUGCGUUGUAAUACCAUCCGUAUGUGGACCAUCGGUUUCCUCUUUGCUACUGUCGGUUCCGCCGUCAAUAUGUUCUUCUCUCUCAGAAACCCUCCAGUCACCAUCACUGUCCUCAUCGCUCAACUCGUCGCCUACCCUUGUCUCAAGGGUUGGGACCUCAUCUUCCCCGACCGCCAAUUUCGCAUUGGCCGUCUCCGUUUCAAUUUCAAACCUGCUCCCUUCAAUAUGAAGGAACAUACCCUCAUUGUAAUCAUGUCUUCCGUCUCCUUUGGUAGUGCUUAUUCCACAGACAUUAUCCUUUCUCAACGCGCUUUUUAUAAGCAACGCUUCGGUUUCGGUUAUGAAAUCUGUCUUACUCUCGCUACCCAACUCAUCGGCUAUGGGCUUGCAGGUGUUUCCCGUAAAAUCUUGGUUCGUCCUGCCAGCAUGGUUUGGCCCAGCAACCUUGUCAACUGUGCCCUUAUGAAAACUUUGCAUUUACCCAGCAAGGUUGCUCACCUCAAAAGCGCAAAUGGCUGGAACAUUUCUGCUUAUCGUUUCUUUCUCAUCGCCUUCGCAGGUUGCUUUUUUUGGACUUGGUUCCCUAAUUACAUCUUUACCGCCCUUUCUCUUUUUGCUUGGGUCACUUGGAUUAAACCCAAAAGUCCCGUUGUUAACCAACUUUUUGGUGAAAGUACCGGUAUCUCCUUAAUUCCCAUCACCUUUGACUGGAACUCCAUCAGUGGCUAUCUGAGCUCUCCUCUUAUGUUUCCUUCUGAUGCCAUUUUUAAUACUUUAAUCAGCACCGUCCUUUUCUUUUGGAUCGUCACUCUUGGUGUUCACUAUAGCAACGUCUGGUAUGGAAGCUAUCUUCCCAUUUGCAGUAAUUCUAUUGUGGAUCAUUUCGGAAGCUCUUAUAAUGUUAGUCGCAUUCUUACCCCAGACUUCAGAUUAGACCUAAAGUCCUUCCAAGAAUACUCCCCUCUUUUUAUGCCUAGCGCUUCUGCCGUAUCCUUUGGUCUUUCCUUUGCUUCUAUGAGUGCCGUUAUCUUUCACGUCGUCCUCUAUUAUGGUAAGGAUAUCUGGGCCCGCAUUCGCAACCCUCCGAAACCAGAUAUCCAUGAACGCCUUAUGGAACAGUACAAAGAAGUCCCCUUUUGGUGGUACUUGUCCAUCUUCAUUGCCUUUUUCGGUAUGAUGAUGGGCGUUUGCUAUGGAUGGCCCACUGAAACUCCUGCUUGGGUCGUCAUUGUCGGUUUGAUUUUCGCCGCCGUCUGGUUCAUACCUGUUGGUGUUAUUUAUGCCAUUACCAACGUCGAGCUUGGCAUGAAUGUCUUUACCGAAUAUAUCGUUGGUUACAUGUAUCCCGGUCAUCCUUUGGCUAAUAUGAUCUUUAAGACUGUUGGCUACAUCACUCAAGCACAAGCCCUGGCCUUUGUCAGUGAUCUCAAGUUAGGUCACUACAUGAAGGUUCCUCCAAGAAUGAUGUUUUGGACUCAAACCCUUGCCAGUAUUUGGUCCUGCUUUGUUCAAAUCGGCGUUUUAGAUUGGGCUCUCGGUAACAUUAAAAACGUAUGUGAUCCUGGUCAAACUGAUGGCUACACCUGCCCUGGCGCUAAAACUUUUUUUAAUUCCUCCGUUAUUUGGGGUGUAAUCGGUCCUCAACGCAUGUUCUCCGGCCAGUAUCUUUACACUAAUUUGCAAUACUUUUGGCUUGCUGGUGCUCUUUCAACCGUUUUGUUUUGGGCUUUAUGGAAAAAAUGGCCUCAAAGAUGGUGGGGCAAGCUCAGUGCUCCUAUUAUCUUUGGUGGUACGGGUAUGCUGCCUCCUGCUACCCCUACCAAUUAUUUGGUAUGGUGCGGCAUUGGUAUUUUCUUCAACUACUUCAUCAAGAAGAGAUUCUAUAGUUGGUGGGCAAAGUACAACUUCAAUUUGUCCGCUGCCCUUGAUACCGGUAUGGAGCUGGCCCUCAUCAUCAUCUUUUUCUGCCUCCAACUCCCGAAUGUUAGCUUUCCAAGCUGGUGGGGCAACGUUGGUGCGUUUGAUACCAUGGAUGCAAGUGGCACUGCCGUCUUAAAGACCGUGAAUGAAACUGCCGGCGAAUUCUUUGGACCCACAAAGUGGUAA